AUGGGGACCGCCAACAGAAGCAAGGUCUCCCGGGGACUGGCAAUCCGUCUGAUCCUAGUUUAUGUCGGUGCCGUGAGGACUUGUACUGUCUCGGUCACACAGCCAUCCUACCUCGAAGUGGACUACACUUACAAGGCCAUUACCAUCAACUGCACCUUCCACCCUACCGGGUGUCCUACAGAGACACCAAGCAGUCUGUGGUUCCGCUACGGUGCCCACCUGUCGGAGAAGCUAUGCUGGAAUGGAUGCCAGGGUGAGGGAGACAAGUUCACAGUGACGGGGUCCCCAGCAGAGAACCAAGUUUCCCUCACUAUCAACAGACUCACUCAAAACGACAGUGCGAUUUACAUCUGUGGCAUAGCAUUUCUAAGUUCCACGGAACCAGAAGCUAAGCAAACUGGACAAGGCACCACAUUGGUGGUAAGAGAAACUGAGCUUCUCAGCAUCCAGCUCCGGAACAUCCUGAUCCUGGUCUUACUGCUGCUCUCCAUCUAUGUCAUUGGUGUGCUUGGGACCUUCAUCUACAUCUCCAUAUCAAAAUCUAACAACACUUUAAGGACCACAGAAACAGAGGAAGACUCAAAAAAGAAGAGUGCUCGGCGGGUUUUUCAGGACAUUGCCCAAGAACUCUACCGUAAGGGACAUUUGGAAGCAAGACAGUAGUCCGAGAAAGACAGCAACACUAAUGAAGACAGAAGCGUGCUUUCCAAUUAUGGAAGACCAUAG